AUGCCUCUGAGAGGAGAUGUUCCGGACUACAUGGAACGGUGGAACAAUGAAUGGGCCAAGCAGUUGCCGCUGAAUGCGCUCAACCAAUUUGUUGCUCUGGCGGGCAGACUGGCAACUCCAGGAGCCCUAGGCCAGCUCGCGAGUGCUCUCCUUUCCAUAUUUUGGCCUUCCGGACGUUCCACGAGAGCGCUGGUGGAAUUCAUCCUACAAUGGACAAAAGACCAUGUCGAAAAAGACUAUGUGGCGCAAGAGCUCAUCAAGAGUUUUAACGGCAAUGUCAGCGCCGAUCUCGAUGCUGUAAAAGUCCAGAUGGGCAUUUACCAGAUUGGUGUGGAGAACCUGAGGAUGGAAGCGAUGGGGGCUGCUGUCUUCCCAAGUGACAGGUUUAUGUCGUGCCUCCGAGCUCUCGAGAGUGGCCAGUUCAAAGGUCGAGAUGCUCUGCACGCAAUCAAGCUCAGCCCCGUGAAAUAUGGAGCCAUCGCAAGCUACCUCUUGGCCUUUUCGAGUGCCCUGACUAUUGUCCGAGAAGGUACCAUGAAAGUUCCCGGCUCUAUCAUGAACAGCACGGAAGUGCGGAACCGCAUGAAUCGCGUCUAUGAGAACUGCACUGCGACUUUGCAAGACAUUAUCGCUGCCUUCUGGGAGUGGCGCUCGGAGAAGAUCGAUUUCUCGAUGCAGAAGGGCGCCUUGAAGUGGGAGGACCGUCUCACCCGAGCGAAGCGCAAGCUUGGGAACAAUCUGCAGGCGAAGAGGGACGAGGUCCAGGAUGCGGCUAUGCUGGUUCUCAAGCGGGAUAUCUUCGUGGGCGAGCUGGCGCCCAUGCGGAAGAGCUACACCACUCUUCACCGGCGCCUGCCGGGCCGCUCUGACGAUCCCCCAAAACGAAAACCUUUCUUCCGCGAGAUGAUCUAUCUUGGGCCGUACUCCAGCUUCAUCAUGGGCGCUGUGAACACGAACGCCAAGGAAGUGGGGGCCUACACUCAUCCAGAUCAGAGAUCAGGCACCUCCGUGACGAAGAUCGGGAACGAGCAAGGUUUGCAGACGAGCGACAGGGCCAAGAGAUGGUAUACUGGUCCAGGUUUGUGCGGCCUCUAUACUCUGCACCAGUUCCACAAGUAUACCGAGCCCUUUUCCUUCACUUUGGGACGCGGAAUCGAGCUCAGCUUCAAAUGGGAGCCAGUCACAGAGGAGGACUUUUGA